AUGAGUGACUCAGAUAGAUCAAAUGCCAAUUCAUCAUCUUCAGUACCACAGCCGAUGUAUACAAGUGUGUCAUCAUUCCCCAAACAUCAGCAAUUUUCUGCUUCUAACAGAAUUGAUAUUGAAAAUAACAUCCAAGAAAGCAUUAAUUCUGCAGCAGAAGCAUCAGAAGUAUACCUCAAACCAGGCGACUUUACAGAAAACUUGAACAUUUCAAAGAAUGUUAUUCUGACAGGUAACAAUUCCACAAUUAAGUCUGAUGGAACAUCCAAUACACUUCAAGUCAAGACAGCUAAUGCUUCUAUCAGCGGAUUUACUUUCAUCCAGAAUGACUCUCAGUCAUUUGGUGCCCUUUUAGUUGAAGAUGGCGAUAUUUACUUUGAAAACUGCAAAUUCAUCUCAAAGCUUAUCCCAUCUGUAAUCGUUAAAGGCAAAUCCACAGUUUUCUUCGUAAAUUGCGAGUUCAGAUGCUCUGACUCUACAGCUGUAGCCUUAGUCAACUCAGCAUUCUGCUCAUUCGUCGGAUGCUCAUUUGACUCAUCCAUCAGAGGUCUCAAUCUCCGCUCUGCUACAACAGCUUUCGUUUCCAGAUCAACAUUCCUUGGAAUGACAACACAUGGCGUAUCAGCGACACAGAAAUCCCAAUACGUUAUCGAAGAAUCCUCAUUCUCAAGCUGCAGAGCCGCUGCUAUCGAGAGCAAGACAGAUGGCAAAUUAUUACAAGUUGACGCCUGCAGAAUUGAGAACUGCGACUCCGGUAUUCUUGUUUUCAACGGAAGCGUCACAGUCAGCAACUCCAAGAUUGGCUCAAUGUCAAACUACUCAUUGUUAGUCCAAGGAUCCGCCCAAGUUACAACAAAUGGCAACGAAUUCAACGACAACAGCGGCGAGGGAGCUGUCAUUGCAUGCGAAGGUGGCAGAUUAAUCGCUAACAAGGACAAAUUCACAGGAAUCAUGAAGUGUGGCAUUGCAGCAUUUUCAAAGUCAAGCAUCAAGGUUUCAGACGCCACAUUCGAUGACAUUACAGGCCAUGCCGUUGUUCUUUUCGAGACAACAUCAGGCACAAUCCAAGGAUCUCGUUUCUACAGCGUCAAGAACCACGCACUUGUCUUCUCCGGUGAUCAGCUCAUGUGCAACGACGCAGAGUUCAACAACAUCAGUGGAAACGGUAUCUACAUCAAUGGAAAUGGCAGAUUCUCCGGUUCCAAGCUCAACAUUUCCAACUGCUUCGACAACAACCUCUUUGUUGACCGCAACAACACAAAGGUAAUGAUUGACAACUCUACAUUCUCCAAUGAAAAGACCGCCAUCUUGGUAAUGAGAGGAAACAUCCUUGUUUCUAACUGCUCGAUCACUUCCAAGAUCGGUAUCGAUGCCAGAGAGUCCAACGUUACAUUCGAGAAGUCCAAGGUCCAGGAUAACGAGACAGCCUUAAUCUUACAGAGCACAAAGUGCGAAGUCAACAAUGUUGAGUUCAACAACACAAAGGAGACAUCAGUUGUUACAAACGGCGGCUCCGUUAACAUCUGGAACGCCAAGUUCAACAACGGCAAACACGAUCUCUUACUCAUGAAGAGCGACAGCGACAUCAGGAACACACAGUUCGAAGGCGCUUUCGCAGAGUCAAUCGUUCUCAUGUCUGCCAAAGUCAACAUGAACUCACUCACAUUCAACAACUGCAACACAGCAAUUUUCGCUGAUGACAGAGCAAACAUCUCCUGCACAAACACAAAGAUCACAGGCGGUGACGUACAGAUCGAUAUCCAGAACAAGUCCUCAUUCAUCGGAAACAACUGCGAACUCGUUGGUGCAAGCGGUUCUGCAGCAGUUUUCGUACAUGAGGAAGGCUCAUUCACACUCUCAAAGAGUUCAGUUAAGGAUGCAAGAUCAACAGGUAUCAUCGCUUCCGCAAACUCAGAUCUCAAGGAACUCACAGUUACUAACUGCGAAGAGUGCGGUAUCUACAUCUUAGGAACAGGAAAGGUGUCUCUCAAGGACUCUACUGUUUCUGAGAACGGAAAGUUCGGACUCUUCAUCGAAACAGGAACUCUUGAGUCUGUCAAGAAUAAGUUCGUAGGACAGAAGGAAAUCGGUAUAAAGAUCGGAACAGACGCUGUCGCUGAUUUGAAGGAGAAUACAUUUGAGAACAACGGAAUUACUAACAUCGAGCGCAAGUAA